AGACCCAGAAGGGGUUAUGAUUCGCUAUAACAAGAUCCUUACCACCUACCAGCGGGUGAGGAGCAUGUCCAGAGCCUUCCAGGUCCACGGAGUGGACAGGAACACCAUGGCCUCCACCUCCCCCAUCGCAGAGCUGCUGCUGGUGGCUCCAGAGAAGGUGGCGGAGGUCGGGGAGUUUGAGGCUUCGAAGGAGAAGCUUUUGGAUUACGCACGGCGGUGCUACAAAACCAUGGACGAGCAGACGCAUGUGAAGGUCCAGGCCAUGAAGAAGACCCACAAGCUGCUGCCCAUCUCCUACAGGUUCAGAAACUGAGGGACAGGAGGGGGGACGCUGCAGGAGGCAGGGGGGUUCUACACUAAACUUUACAUUUAGAUUUGUCAUUGCCUUAAAAAGAUACAAGACAUGUGAGAAUGUCAAGAUAGAUGCCAAGGUAUAAUAUUAUUUUAGUUAAAAAACCUGCUUGAUUGAUCGUUUGCCUUAAUCCAGGAAGGAAGUGAAGGUGGACAUUUACAGGAAGACAAAGUAUAGUGUGAAUUAUCAUGUCCUUUUCAUUUCCAACCAUUAUUUGAAAUACUGCAAACUGUUUAUAUAUCAGUCAUCAGAGUAAAAUAUUAUUUACAGAACCAAAUGGAUUGUUUAUUUAAAUGAUGGCAUUUAUCUUUUUGUUUGUAUCAAAAGAAAUAAACGUGUAUUUGCUUUUAUUUAAUGAUUUAUUUCUUUGAAAAAAUAACAGUACAUUUAAAAUGUAUAAUUGUAAAAAUAAAAUUGGUUUUGUUCAUAA